AUGACUUCUCCACAUGCUCUUGGACACCUCAAUUCUACCACAGUGGCUGAAAGCCUCUCCAAUCUCGUGGGCAACGAAGACCUCUGCAAAAAGCUUGAUUCGAAUGAGUUUCAGGAUGACGUUCAGAGCUUUGUCUCCUCAGUCAUCCAGUCAUCCUUGUACCGCGUCUAUGAUGGAUAUUUUCGAUCACCAGAGGAGAUAAAAAAUCGGUUUGAGGACGAUUGUGUGCACAGGUCACCUGAAAACACGACAACCCUUUUAGGGCAUUCUACGCUGCUCCCCGAUUACGAUGAUCCAAACAGCUUUGAAGCCUAUUAUCUGAUCGACCUGGCUCUCGAAAAUUUCCUCAAGCCGUCUGAAAUAGAAGAUGAAACGCAGUGGCGUCCGAGAGCAGAGCUCGAGCCCGAGGCCUCCCUUGUGCCAAACAUUACCUGGCCCACAAACGAAGACUUCACUCCGGCUCUGGGCGCCGAAAGCAUUGCACAGUUCAUCAAGAGCUGGGAUCUCUCCUCCGACUGGAAAUACAACAUCGAGACCCUUCCGAUGAUCGAUGAGGUCUAUGCAAUCAACUAUCGAUAUAGAGUUCGCUUUAGCAUUCCCACUCAGAGGACUCCGGUGCCUCGCCAGACGGUCUCCGUGUACUUCACGCUCUCGAAAUCCAAAGUAAAACCAAAUGUACGUUUCUGGUUUGGAGGCCUUCCGUUGCCUCUUACGAUUCCUGUCGUAACUCAUGCCCAUACUUCAGUUUGUUUUGAGGAUAUCUGCGAGAAACCCUGCAGCUGCGCUUAUACAAACGAGACAAGCCCUGCUGCUAGUUUUUUCCAGUUUCUAAAUAUUUAUAUUUUCCUAUUUAGCGCACCGUCACAACUUAAAGAGCAUCAGAUUGGUUGUAGUGAAGAAAAUGCGCUAAGCCGUCUACCUGAUCGCCUGGCGUACUGA